ACAAAGGAAGUCCACAACGUUUUUUUGUCUCUCUGCCCGUUUCUUCUACCAAGUCUCUCUUAUUCUUUAUCACUUUCUUUAUAAAUUAGGCUUAGAUUUUUUGUUUGACAUAAAUUUAUGGGAGUUGGUCUGAAUGGUGGUUCCGUUCAACAUUUGUUUAAGAUGAGGACGAAAGAAGAAGAAGAAGAAGCAUUGGCGUUGUUAGAGGGUAAAGAUGAGAUUGAGCAGUGUCCAUCUUCGACAACAUCAUCCAUCGGGAAAGACAGCGAUGUUUCAUGGGAUACAAAGUUGGAGGACAUAGAGAAUGAGAGUGAGGCUCAGAGUGCUUAUAAAUAUGAUGAACCAUUGGACAUGAUGGACUCCCUCCAACAUGUUCUACCCAUCAGGAAGGGCAUCUCAAUGUUCUAUGAUGGCAAGUCAAAAUCCUUUACUAGUUUAGCAGAUGCUGCUUCUUCACCAUCCGUCAAAGACAUUGCAAAACAAGAGGACGCUUACACUAGAAGGCGUAGAAAUUUUAUGACCUUUCAUUAUGUUUGGGAAAAGAAUAGAAAUUUCCCUUUAGGAAGUAACAAUGGUGGAAUUUGUAAGAGAGCAAUAAGCUUGAAUCAAAGCGCAUUUGCUAUCAACUAUGACAGUAAUAGUUGUACGAGCGAGGAAUCGACUUCGAGUGCAAAUCCAAGGUCUCCUCCACCUCUUCGACCAAUCUUUCCGCAAAAUGAAGUUUCUAGUGCAAGUUCCAGUCCAAGCUAUCCUAUUCAACAUAAUUUCUCAGCCUGGCAAUCAUUCUCCCUGGCCGAUCUUCCACAGUGAGCUAUAAUUAGAAUGAAUUCCUCGUUGGGAAAUUUAUCACAAUGAAACCAUAAAUAACUCAACUAUGACUAUAUUUCAAUAACUUUGCUCGCAUUCUAUUUAUCUCUAAGUGAGCAGGUAAUUGCGGAAGAAAUCAAUGAUAGAUUUAUAAAUAUUUUCUUUUAGGUAACUGGCAUAGCCAAUAGGAUAUGGCAGGCCAUAUAAUCACUAACUCUAUAAGCACUAGUGUUAAAUGUCAUUGUAAUCAUCUGCAGAACCUAAUUCGUGAAAUUAAUUCAACAUUUGAGUAGCUCACAAAUUUCUUUAAAAAUUCGAUAAUUGUAUCGAGGCAA